AUGGAAAGCAACCCAGACAACAGAGUUGGAUUGCUAAAUGUGGAAAUCAUUGGAAAGUACUUGGAUAAUGCUGAGGAGAAUCCUUUGUUUGCUAAAUGGGAUGAGAAUGAACAGAAAGUCUCAACUGAUAAAGGAAGGUAUUCAGAAGAAAUGAACAAGCUUAUGAAGAUCGUCGAGUCCAACAAGCUUCGUGCAGUGACGAAUGAGAAUUUCCAUUUGGCAAAGGAAGCACAGAUCGUUCAACGAACACUAACGAAAGCGAAGAAAGAAAUUUCAGAAUUAGAAAACGACAUUAGAGAAGCAAUCGAUGAAGAAGAUUAUCAGAGAGCACAUGAUUUACGUGAUGAAAUCAAGACGCUACGUGCCAACGUUCUCUCUGUCAUUGACUCGAAACUACUUGAAGAGAAAACAAGUUCUUCUACGAUCCCAGAUGAAAGUAUACCCAGGCCUUCUACCCUUUUCUCAGAAGAUGGAUCCGAAGAGACAAUUCAUAAACCCAAGCUCUUCACACCAGUCGAUUUGUCUCCAACAGAAAUCGGUGGACUAUCAGAUGCUGCAUAUCUAUUGCCACCUAGACCACCCAAAUCUUCGGCUUCAACAAGAUCACUCAAAAAGAAAACAAAACCAGGAUCAUCGACCGUCCGACGUCCGGCUUCAACUGAUUCGGUAACAAAAGAAAAACCGGCUUCCAGAAAAUCUAUAAGAAAUCGUCCGAACUCUGCUGACUCUAUAGCUUCUACAACUUCAAUAGAAACAUUAAAAGUGAACAGAACGAGGAGAAAGUCUACAGGAUCGACAAAGCGCGAGAGUCUCAUUCCAAACAAGUUCAUGGAAAAGGAGAACAUGAUCGUACCUGCAGCACUGAAAGGACGAACGCUAUCAAACUUAGAGGUAUUCUCUCAACAAACAGAGGAUAACCAAGCGGAGGACGAAAUGCUCAGUAUGAUUCCAGCGAACGAGAAAACUAUUAGUUCGAAGGCAGCAAGUUGUUUCGGAACGAAUACAGUUUCGAAACUCUUUUCUAAACAGUGGCAAAAGCGAAUUGAAAGUAUAACAGAGAUAAAAGAGAAAUUAGAAAGUGUCGAUUCAUCAAAAAACAUUAUCGAUUAUGUUGAUUCAGCAAUUUAUGUUUUAAGUCGAAUUUUAAAAGAUAGCUUAUACAAUGUUUACAAAUCUGGCUUGGAUUUGCUUUCAUACUUUGCAAUAGAAUUCAUGGCACAACAUCAGUUAUACAAGUACUCAAAUCGUUUGGCUAAAUCAACCAGUGAUCUGCUUGUGAGUAAAGCGAAUGACACAAAGGAUCGAAGAUCUCCAAAGGAUACACUGGAAGAAUUCACGAACAUCGUGACAUCCAAUCCCAAACUAGCGAAGGCUUAUCUCUCUCUUCUAAUCAACUGCGAUGGAAUCAAGGCAGAACGGGGAAGAGUUCAGAUGAUUGAUCAAGCUUUAAAUCAUUAUGAUGUCCCAAAGGAAGAAUGUGGGUUAGAUGAACGAACAUUCCGCAAGUUUACAACGGGAUGUCUACUCAAUGGAGAUCCAGAGGUGAGAAGCUUAGGGAAGAAGUUUUUCCUCCGACUUUAUAAAAACGGCGAUAGAGCAGCCGCGAAAGCUUCUCUACCCAAAGGUACCAUAUUGAGGAAAAGUCCUUUGUUUCGAACAUUAUUGGAAGAAAUGCAGCAAAUGGAUAAUAUGAAACGAGUACCACCAUCUAUUCUGAAGAAUGUACGAAUCAUUGAAUAG